GCAUCCUAGACCGUAAUACCUCUUCUGAAGCUGGCUUAAGAUCCUAGCAUUACACGAGCAUAGUCGCCUGACUGGAAUCCCCCCUGUCCGCCGGUCUACUUCAUUCUAACGGCUUUCCUAUGAAUCUCUCACAGUCGCUGGUCAAGAGCUUAGAAAAUGCACUUGGUCAUCAAUCUGCCCGUCAAGAGUUGAAAUGGAUGAGGGCGGCGCUGAUGAAUCCACCCAUCGAAGAGCUCAAUCGACCAGCUCGUUCGAAAAUUCUGCGCCAGCAAUGGGAGUCUCUUCCCGAUCUAGAGACUAUGGUCCAGAGACGAAUAGCUGGGGAGCCUUUACAAUAUAUACUUGGCACACAACCAUUUGGCCCCCUCACACUCUUAACCCGCGCACCGACCCUCAUCCCUCGCCCUGAGACCGAAGAAUGGACCAUUCGUCUCGCCUCCUUCCUCUCAAAACAUCACGAACCGAUAUCCUCAUCCAACCCUAUACGUAUCCUGGACCUUUGCACUGGCUCUGGUUGCAUUCCUCUUCUUCUAUGCCAUCUCCUACCGAAUGGUACUGUGCACAGCGUUGGGGUGGACGUGAGUGUGAGUGCAUUGGAGCUCGCGCGGGAGAAUGCGGUGAUUUGUGGGAAUUGGAGCCAUGGCGAUGACGGCUAUGAUGAAAGUAGAGCCGAAGGAGGGCUGGACGAGAGUGGUAGCGAAACGAAAACACCAAGACCGAACACUUUCACGACAUUGCUUGCCGACAUCCGGAAACACACUGAAUUAUCGAGCCUUCUCCGUUCUCUGACUUAUCCUCCAUCGCCACUUUCAAAGCCGAAAUCGACAUCCUCGAAGCCGUUCAAGCCAUUUACGGUUCUGACCGCCAAUCCACCGUACAUCACACCGUCCGCGUACGAGAAGCUCGAUCCCUCCGUGCGCGACUACGAAGAUCGUGGAGCUCUCAUCGGGACGGAUGAUCCCCGAGCACAUACGCCAGGUUCAGGGCUUGGCUUUUAUUAUGAUAUCGCCACGCUUGUUCGGGAGGGCGGGGUCCUCGCUGGUGGCGAAGACAUCGCUCUUGAUGAUGUGGCAUCGGAAGAGGACGGUGUGAGCACUCGUGGAGGGUGUGCAGUUGUUGCGAUGGAGGUAGGUGAGGAUCAGGCAGGUGAUGUAGUUGAUAUUGUUAGGGAAGGAAUGCCUGGAUUCGGAGAGAACGUGGAGGUGUGGAAGGAUGCGUUUGGGGUCGAUAGGGUCGUGGUUGCGACGAGGAGUAGUUGA